UUGAAUGGAAGCUUGUUUUUAUUUGUUAUUUAUUAUUUUGAAAACUUAAAAAACAGUUUAGCUACUUAAUUAGUACGCUGGAGCUACCACCAAUGAGGUAGUCUCAAAGUUUGUCGGAGCAUUCUGUCUAAAAUAUCAACUUAACCUGUAUCUUUGGGAUAAACAACUGAUUCAAAACACAUAAUAAAAUACGGCUUAUUAAAAAUAUAAGUAAUUAAAACAAACAAUACAUAAAAGCCACCAAAUCUAUGUUUUAAUUUUACACAAAUAAUUUACUUGAAUUUUAACAUAAAUUGUCCAAUUAGAAACUGAAUAAUGGAUAAGAAGCGCCGGAGACGGGAAUCGGACGAAGACAACGGUUUUAAACAAUGGGGAGGUUACAUGGCUGCAAAAGUGGCCAAACUGGACGAACAAUUUAAGUCAGACGCCGAACUUACCAAGAUUUCCAAUAUUUUCAGUGGUGUUGCAAUUUAUAUAAACGGUAAUACAAAGCCGAGUGCCGAAGAAUUAAAGAAACUGAUGGCACAACAUGGUGGUUUACAUCAUAUGUAUCAGUUGUCUUCGACCACCCACAUAAUUGCUUCGAACUUGCCUAAUGUUAAGAUAAAAAAUUUAGGCACUACCCCAGUGGUAAAGCCUGAUUGGAUUGUUGAAAGUAUUUCUCUAGGAAAGUUGUUGGAUUUUCGUAGAUAUUUGUUGUAUACUUAUCAAAGUGUCACACAACCAAAAUUAGAUUUCCCUGUUGUUGAAAAACCUAAUUUAACCAACUCAGUUAUAAAUAACUCUAGCAAUAUCACUGAUGUCUCUUACAAAAAAAAUAAUGUCAGUGUGGAUAAGGAGCCUACCAAUAAUAGAAUUGCAAAAACAGCCUCAGAUCCCAAUUUUGUACAAGAGUUUUUUGAAAAUUCCAGAUUGCACCUGAUAAGCACAUUAAGUGCUGAAUAUAAGCAGUUAGUUUGUCAAAUGAGGGAUAAACAUGAUGGUAUAUUUAUAGGACGACAAAAUUUAAUAGCAACCAAAGGUAAAAAAACAGCAACAGUUUUACCGAACAAAGUGAUAAUGCACAUCGACAUGGACUGUUUCUUCGUGUCGGUCACCCUACGCAAGUAUCCGGAGCACAGGGGCAAACCGGUGGCGAUCACUCACGCCAAAAACGGCGAGACCCACACCGACCGCUCCAAAUCCCGCAGCAUAGAGUUCAAUCUGAUGCAGGAGCAGGGCAGGCACUUCGUGACGGAGGGCUCGUCGUCCACCAGUCGCAUCGACAACCUCGACGGGUUCUCCUCGAUGUCGGAGAUAGCCAGCGCCAGCUACGAGGCGAGGAAGUGCGGCAUCAAGAACGGUAUGUUUUUGGGCGCCGCCGUCAAACUGUGCCCCGAAUUGGUCACCUUGCCCUACGACUUUGAGGGUUACAGGGAGGUGUCGAACACUUUGUACAGGACGAUUGCGUCCUACACUCUGGACAUAGAGGCCGUUAGCUGCGAUGAAAUGUACGUGGACUGCACUCAGAUACUGAAGGACACGGGACUGACUGUUUCCGAGUUUGCAAGCCACAUCAGGGGUGAGAUAAUGUCGGUUACCGGUUGUCCUUGUUCCACAGGAUUUGGAGCCAACAGGUUGCAAGCCCGAUUGGCGACCAGAAAGGCAAAACCGGCAGGCCAGUUUUAUCUUCAGCCUGACGAUGUGGAGGCGUACUUCUCCAAAAUUCCCCUAGGUGAUUUGCCAGGCGUGGGACACGCAACUUUAGCCAAACUGGCCGCUUUGAAUAUUGCAACCUGCGGCGACGUACAGGUCUCCAAUUUGGAUGUGCUGAAGUCUGAAUUGGGUGCAAAGUCGGCUGAAAUUUUAUACAAUCAGGCCAAAGGUGUGGACAUGAAACCAUUAAAUUAUUACCAAGAAAGGAAGCAGGUUUCGGCUGAAAUAAAUUACGGCAUAAGGUUCAAAACUUUGGACGAGUGUUAUAACUUCCUUCAGAGCCUGUCGAAUGAAGUUUAUAAAAGAUUAUCCGAAACAGGUAUGAGAGCACGUUGUCUGACGUUGAAGCUUUUGGUGAGGGCUGAAAAUGCACCGGUUGAAACGGCCAAAUUCUUGGGUCACGGGGUUUGUGAUAUCCUUACGAAGAGCUCACCAUAUACGAUCAUCAACAACGCUGAAACGGUGUUCAAACAGGCGAAACAACUGUACGAUAAGCUGAAUCCACCUUUUGUUGAUUUACGAGGAGUUGGUAUCCAUUUGACUAAGCUCGAAAAGGUGACUGGUGUUAAUACGAUGUUGGCUAAAUUCUUGGCCAAAAAAGAUGAUGAUAAAAGUGAAAAAGAUACAAGUAAUAUUAAAAAAGAAGAAAGAAAGUCUAUUGAAACUGUUAAUUCUUUAACAAGAGGUGAACAGAAAACUCCAUCACCGAUUCCGAAGCAAGAUCAAGUUAAAAGUGUAGAUAAAACCAAAGUAAAAUCAGGUGGCAACAAAUUAAAAUCAUCCAAACGAGGAUUGGUAAAAUCUACAACUAAACCACCCUUAAACAACACGUUGGAGAAAUUUUUCAACAAAAGGAAGUCUUCAACGCAAAGACCUGUCAAAGUGGAUAUGGAUGUUUUAAGUGAACUACCCGAGGAUAUUCGAAACGAAAUCAUAAAGGAAUAUCAGUUAGACACAACAACAGAGGAGUCUCCGAACUUAAAUUCUAAAACGUCGAAAAAGUGCACCGAUACGGAUGCACCAACCUGUCUUAAUAUGAGUGUUUUAAAUGAGCUACCGGAAGAUAUAAGGGCUGAAAUAAUUACAGAGUACAAUUUGGAUAAGAACCUCACUCAACACAAAAAUGAGAAACCAAUAAACAAGGAGGUUGUUUCAGAAGCACAUAAAAAGAAACAACAUGAUUCCAGUGAACAAUCGCCGUUUAAAAAUUUAUCCUGGAACGAAACCAAACCGGUGUUAAAAAUUUGGAUAAGCUCCGAACGAAGUCCUGAACCCUGCGAUGUUAAAAUGAUCGCAGACCAUUUGAGUGAGAUGGUUUUCAGCAGCAGAAUUGAAACUUUAUUUAGUGCCUUUAAUUUUAUUCACAGGGUUUUAAGUCAGUUAGACUGUCAUUGGCACAACGCAUAUUAUCAAAUGUUGGAAGUUAGUCAAAAAGCCAUGAAGGAUAAGUUUGGAUGUGGUCUAGAUCUGAAAACAAGUUUUAACUGUUGUAAAAUGUGAUUUAUGUAUCUUAUUUUGUGUUGAUAUUAUUAUUUAUAAUAUGAAGAAAUAUGUGAUAUUUAGUUUUUAUAUUGUACUACAUUCAAAAAAUAUAUUUAAUAUUUUUA